AUGGGCUUUGCAGCAGGGGAUCCCCGGGAUCGGGAUCGGGGAAAGCGGCAGAGCCUCAGGGAAGCCUGGAGGCCAGCCGGCUGGCGAGGGAGUUCAGUGUUACGGGACAUGGCAAGUAACAACAACAACCAUAAAAGAAGAAAAGCUGGGUCAGCUCCUCGGGCUGCCAGCAGCCCCGCGCGCUGCUGUGCGGAGGGAGGUUCGAAGUUUGAUAAUCCCCUCAGGUGCGAGCUCCCAGGCUGGCAAGGCAAGCAGGGCUCCGCGGAGCCUGCAGCUGCGCGGGACACGGAGGGCUUUGCGCUGCUCUCCAGGGAACGCUCGCACGGGGCUUGCGCUCACGUAGCGGCGUUUGCUGAUGCGCUGUCGCGGAAGAAAGGAAGGCACCUCAAAGCGCAGGUUACCUUCCGCCUCUUUCACCGACUCACAGCUGUGCGGGCUCGCUCACACGAGGUCCCGCGGAGACGCCUUUGUCCUCACCGAAGGCGCAACCCGGAGAAGCGCUGUCAUGCAAAACUGAUCCCCAAAAUCAGUGAACGACGUAUCCUUAGAAUUUGCACAAGAUACACACCAGAACAAGACACCAUGACCUUUUCAGAUGGCCUUACCCUAAACCGAACUCAGAUGCACAACGCUGGAUUUGGCCCGCUGACUGAUCUCGUCUUCACGUUUGCCAACCAGCUCCUGCCUUUGGAAAUGGAUGAUACAGAAACAGGUCUCCUUAGUGCCAUCUGCUUAAUCUGUGGAGAUCGCCAGGAUCUUGAAGAACCAAUGAAAGUGGAUAAGCUUCAGGAACCAUUGCUUGAAGCACUGAAAAUUUAUAUCCGAAAGAGACGACCCAACAAGCCUCAUAUGUUCCCAAAGAUCUUAAUGAAAAUCACAGAUCUUCGUAGCAUCAGUGCAAAAGGUGCAGAACGCGUCAUUACAUUGAAAAUGGAGAUUCCUGGAUCCAUGCCACCUCUUAUUCAGGAAAUGUUGGAGAACUCUGAAGGACAUGAACCACUGACACCAACCUCAAAUGGAAAUACUGCCGAACACAGUCCUAGUAUCUCACCUAGUUCAGUGGAUAACAGCAGUGUCAGCCAAUCCCCUAUGGUGCAAUAAGACAUUUUCCAGCUACUUCAGACAUUCCUAAUACCUUAUGUACAGGGAUGAAAAGCAAGAAAAACAUUUUUACUGCUGCUUAGUUUCUGGACUUAAUAUAUAUCUAUAUAUGUGUAUAUAUAUAUAGAUAAAAACUCAACAAGGACCAAGAAAUUUUCAUAUGUAUCGAUAUAUACUCCUUGCUGUUUAAACUCUUAAACUAGAAAAUGCAAACUUUUGAAACUCUAAAUCAGCCAUUUCAUGCAAAAAAA